AUGCCUGCACGUCGAGCUCAGAUGUGUGGUUGUGGUAGGGGAGUGUUUGGACUCAUAGAUUGGACUACACCCCUCCGCCGACCAGCUGCUCUCAUUUCAGACGUCCCAACCUCCCCAGGAGUUACUUCCCCUAAAUCUGUCACUUCACCUUUCUCUCCUUUUCCAAUUUCUCCUGGAAAUGCUGUUGGCUCUUGGGCUGAUGCAGCAGAGAGUCCAUCUAUUCAAAAGUUCAUUAGUGGAGACAGAUUGAUAGUGAAAUAUAGCUAUACAGCAAAUAAAGACAGUCCGUUGGAUCUGCCAGAACUAAAUGUUCAUGAAGAAGAUAUUGUUCAAUUCAUUUCUUUCCAUGCUGACAACAAAUUGUGGUCCUGUGUGUGUGAUUCUAAUGGGAAAGAGGGCUAUGUACCGUCAGACUAUCUCAUGAUUAUGGAAGAAAAUACUAAAUCAUUGCCAUGGUUACCGAAGCAAGCUGAGGUUCAACAAGAAGUGGAAUACAAGCCGUAUAAAUCCGCCUAUCAGAAGAACAUGGCUCAAGAAACAUCAAAACAUCAGUUCAGUGAAGUGGGUUGUCGAGAGGUCAAUUGACCAAUGCCCUAUAACGAACAUUUAAAAAGUAAAGCACAUCUUGUGGAAAUGACGUUGUUGGAGGACAACUCAUGAAAACAGAAUUCUGGUUAGGUACUUGUUGUCAGGUGAAGGAAGUCACCUUAGGAACUUAUUGUCAGGUGACAGAAAUCUUAUCAGGUACUUAUUGUCAGGUGAAAGAAAUAUUGUUAGAUACUUAUUGACUGGUGAAGAAAGUCUUCUGAUGUACAUAUUGUCAGGUGAAAGAAGUCUAGUUAGGUACUUAUUGUCAGGUGAAAGAAAUCUCAUCAGGUACUUAUUGUCAGGUGAAAGAAGUCUAGUUAGGUACUUAUUGUCAGGUGAAGGAAGUCUUGUAAGGCACUUAUUGUCAGGUGAAAGAAGUCUCAUCAGGUACUUAUUGUCAGGUGAAGGAAAUCUCCUUAGGUACUUAUUGUCAGGUGAAAGAAGUCUGGUUAGGAACUUAUUGACAGGUGAAAGAAGUCUAGUUAGGUACUUAUUGUCAGGUGAAGGAAGUCUCCUUAGGAACUUAUUGUCAGGUGACAGAAAUCUCAUCAGGUACUUAUUGUCAGGUGAAAUAAGUCUUGUUAGGAACUUAUUGUCAGGUGAAAGACUCUCGUAAGAUACUUAUUGUAAGGUGAAAGAAGUCUAGUUAGGUACUUAUUAUCAGGUGAAGGAAGUCUCGUAAGAUACUUAUUGUAAGGUGAAAGAAGUCUAGUUAGGUACUUAUUGCCAGGUGAAAGAAGUCUAGUUAGGUACUUAUUGUCAGGUGAAAGAAAUCUCAUCAGGUACUUAUUGUCAGGUGACAGAAAUCUUAUCAGGUACUUAUUGUCAGGUGAAAGAAGUCUAGUUAGGUACUUAUUGUCAGGUGAAAGACUCUCGUAAGAUACUUAUUGUAAGGUGAAAGAAGUCUAGUUAGGUACUUAUUGUCAGGUGAAGGAAGUCUCAUAAGAUACUUAUUGUAAGGUGAAAGAAGUCUAGUUAGGUACUUAUUGUCAGGUGAAGGAAGCCUUGUAAGAUACUUAUUGACUGGUGAAGGAAGUCUUGUUAGGUAUUUAUUGUCAGGUGAAGGAAGUCUCGUUUGGUACUUAUUGUCAGAUUAAGGAAGUCUCCUUAGAAACUUAUUGACUGGUGAAGAAAGUCUUCUGAUGUACUUAUUGUCAGGUGAAGGAAGUCUCGUUUGGUACUUAUUGUCAGGUGAAAGAAGUCUAGUUAGGUACUUA